AUGAGAACAUGUUGCUGGUCCAGCCGGGAAGGUGGCAAGAAGAAGCCCCUGAAACAACCUAAGAAGCAGGCCAAGGAGAUGGAUGAGGAAGAUAAGGCUUUCAAACAGAAACAAAAAGAGGAGCAGAAGAAACUUGAGGAGCUAAAAGCGAAGGCCGCGGGGAAGGGUCCCCUGGCCACAGGUGGAAUUAAGAAAUCUGGCAAAAAGUAAGCCRAUUCUUGUGCCUGAAAUGAUGGUGACCAUUGAUUCCAUUCCUAUUUAAACAUCUGGAUCCCCGCUGUAACAUCUUUUGCCACCUAUAGCUAGAAUGAAGUGUUAUGUUGGAGUCUGUUGUAAAUUUAAUAAACUUUUGUAAAAUAA